CUUCGAGCACUGGAAAGCACAACUUUAUUUGCAGACUCACGUUCUGACCUUCCAAGGAGAGCUUUGAUGUUCAUGAUGGACCAUCCCAACAUGACCCAGUCCAUACUUGCUGCUGAAAGCACUUCUCCUGCUGCUUCCACUCUUGAGAAGGGUGGAGGUAAUGGAAAUGAAUAUUUUUAUAUCCUGAUUGUGAUGUCCUUCUAUGGAAUCUUCCUAAUGGGAAUCAUGUUGGGCUACAUGAAGUCCAAGAGGAAAGAAAAGAAAUCUAACUUGCUGCUCCUCUACAAAGAUGAGGAACGGGAGUGGGGACAAGCUGUCAAGCCCCUGCCAACUGUCUCAGGACUGAGGUCUGUCCAGAUUCCUAUGAUGCUGAGCAUGCUGCAAGAAAGCAUGGCCCCAGCUCUCUCUUGCACCCUCUGCUCCAUGGAGGGCAACAGUGUGAGUGAGUCUUCCCUGUCCGAUGUUCACCUCACCAUUCAAGAGGAAGUGACUGAUGCUGAAACAGAGGAAUUUGCUGAAGCGGUUCUUCUUGACAGCAGUGAUGGCUCUUCAGAAAGUAUCCACCAGAAUUCCUAGCAUUUGCUAGCUUUGGAGACACAGCAUCUCUUGAACAAGUAGAACCGAAGGCUAAAGUUUCUGCCUUCUGCCCUGAUUCAUCUACCACUAGGGAGGGAAGGGAUGGCCAUUAUGUGACUGAAAGCAGGAAUGAGAGGUAGCAAACACACGCAAUGUACAAGAGAAUGCCUUUGCUGUUAAGGACACAGGGGAUAUUUCUUCCCUGGCAAAAUACAUUGCAUAGGCUUGGCAAAUGGCUGGGAAGAAGUUGAUCAUCUAUAAGCAACCACUUGUAUUUUCACGGUCACUCUCAUGGAUUUGUGCUUAUGAAUAUUUUACUCUACAAAACUGCAAAAUUCAUUGAGGAAAAUGUCUGAGUCUAAAAGUGACUGGUAAAGACAAACUUUUCAAUAUAAAUGUUGUCAGCAAGGGGAGAAAAAGGAAGAUUUUUCUUCAAUCAGUGGCUAACCUGGAACAACAUACUUGCAUGAAGUCUGAGUUCUCAGAGAUGUACAGGGAAGCAGUGGUUCAUGUGUAUAUCUGAGCAAACAUUGCCUUUUUAGGGUAAGGAUGAUGUGAACAACAAUGAAAGAAAUAAGGUAAAUGCAUUAUGUGAUCACAAUUCUUGGAGCUGCUCAACUGUCUUUCAUUUUAAUGAUGUUAAAGGGAGGGGAACAAGCCAAUGCAAAGGAGUAAAGCUCUCCAGCACCAGCUCCCCAUGGCUUCUAAUUCUGUGGAAGCAAAUUAAGACCAGGAUAGGUUUGGAUCAUUCAUUUUGCAUGUGAUGCAUUCAUUUCUGUAGAUUGACAUGUUAUAAAGAAUAUUUUUCUGCUUCAUAGCUGACCACAAAGAUAUGUCCAUUUAGACCACCAAACUGUGAAUUAGAACGCAAACGAUACUUAAGCUUCUAAAUGAGCCUUUCCCAACCUGCCAUCUUCCAGAUACAUUGGACCACAAUUCCCAUCAGUCAUGCUUGGUGGGUAUCAUGGGACAUGUAGUCCAACCUGCAUGGUUCUCUUUAGAAAAGAAAUUAAGAUUUAAAGCAGCUUGUCUUUCUUUGUUUUCCACCAGCUCAGUGCCCCUUCUUCCCUGGUCCGGUAGCCCCUGGACAUGGAUUUGUUCUUCAUCUGCCAAUUCAAGUUCAAUACUAAACUAUCAUUAGCCCAGAACAUGGUUUGCAAAUCCCUUUGGAAGUGUGAUUUCUGCUGCUACUUUGCUGGCUGAUUGCAAACCACAAUUUUUCUGUGCAGAUGCCAUGCUAAUCUAUAGUCAAGUUUUUCUGAUAUGCAGUCUGGUAUGACGCCUGAACUGAAAAGCAUUAAGUGUAUAUUUCAUCAAUAAGUGUGCAUGGUGCAUUAAGCUACCACACAAUUUUCACAAAGGCUCCAGUGCUGCACCAGAGGGUGAUUACUUCCAUCAUGCAUUAUAUUUGGCAAUAGCAUCAAUGUUUGGGUUGGUCCUGUAAGCAUGAGAACAGAAACAUUGCCAAAAGCUUUGCUGGGUGUUCUGAGCUAAGUAGUUCAGGGACACACUCAUUGUCUGGGAAAACAGAGCAUGAAAAAGAAGUAGGCAGAAGCCCCACUUUUUCAUUUCCAUAUUAAGGCCUCUACUCCAAAUUCAGUGUGAAUGGGGGUGCUUUAAUGCUGUGCAUGAAAAAAAAUCAUCACUCCGAUGCUCUGUCACAGGGGAACAUUUUGUUUAUAGAGAGGGUCUGUUGUUCAUUGACAACUGGCUGCGGAGCUCAUUAAAGGCAAUGGGAGCAUUUCUAUUGACUCUGCUGAGCAACCCAUGAGCACAGACUUUAUUACUAUAUUAUUACUGGGUUACUUUAUUCCAAGAGGAGCUGUUCUAAGUAAAAAAAAAAAAAAAGGCCAAAUUACUUUGGCAUUUUGCCUGGAAUCACUUGAAUUCUGAAACUUUCCAAUGUGGACUGACAUUUGAGUCACGUUUUCCGUUCCUUUAUCCUAAUUUCUUACAUUCGAAUGCAUAUCUUUGUGACUCUCUGCAGAAGAACAUUGUAUAUAUACUUUGAUACCAAGUUGUAUAUAUUUUAUCUUAUGUAUUUAAGUUUAACUGUUUCUUUCUGAUGACCCUAAGUUUUAUUUAAAUAAAGGGAUCAAGUUUUGUGAA